AUGGUUCAAUCAUACGUCUUAGGGUUCCCAAGAAUUGGGCCAAACAGAGAAUUGAAGAAGGCUACCGAAGGGUACUGGAACGGUAAGGUCUCUGCUGAACAAUUACAACAAGUUGCUAAGGACAUCAAGGCCUCUAACUGGAAGUUGCAAAAGGAUGCUGGUGUCAAUGUCAUUGCUUCCAACGAUUUCUCUUUCUACGAUCAAGUCUUGGAUCUUUCUCUAUUGUUCAACGUUAUCCCACAACGUUACUCUAAGUAUGAAUUGUCUCCAUUGGACACUUACUUUGCUAUGGCUAGAGGUUUGCAAAGAAAGGCUACCGAAACCACUGCUGCUGUUGAUGUGCCAGCUUUGGAAAUGGUUAAAUGGUUUGACUCCAACUACCAUUAUGUCAGACCAACCUUCUCUAACUCUACUGAAUUCAAAUUGAACGGUCAAAAGCCAGUUGAUGAAUAUUUGGAAGCUAAGCAAUUGGGCGUUGAAACCAGACCAGUUCUUGUUGGUCCAGUUUCCUUCUUGCACUUGGGUAAGAGUGACAAGGAUUCCGCUGACUUGGAACCAAUUUCCUUACUAGAAAAGAUCUUGCCAUUGUACGUUCAAAUCUUGAAGAAAUUGGCUGAUGCUGGUGCUAAAUCCGUUCAAUUGGAUGAACCAACUUUGGUUUUGGAUCUACCAGCCGAAGUCCAAGCUGCUUUCAACAAAGCUUACACUUUCUUGGCUUCUCAAGAAGGUCUACCAGAAAUCACUGUUGCUUCUUACUUCGGUACCGUUGUUCCAAAUUUGGCUGCUUUGAAGAACUUGCCAGUUGCUGGUUUCCAUUUCGAUUUCGUUAGAAACCCUGAACAAUUGAACGAUGUUAUCUCCAUUUUGAACGACAAGCAAACUUUGUCCGUUGGUAUCGUUGACGGUAGAAACAUCUGGAAGAACAACUUCGCCAAGUCUGUCGAAUUUGUCGAAUCCGCUAUCUCUAAGUUGUCCAGUGACCGUGUCUUGGUUGCCACUUCUUCCUCUUUGUUGCACACUCCAGUUAACUUGGAAAACGAAACUAAGUUGAACCCAGAAAUUAAGGACUGGUUCGCUUUCGCUACUCAAAAGGUUUCCGAAGUUGUCACCAUCGCCAAGAAGUUGUCAGGUGAAGACGUUACCGCUGAAUUCGAAGCUAACGCUAAGUCCUUGAACAACAGAGCUACUUCAUCCAUUACCAACAAUGCUGAUGUCAAGGCUAGAGUUGCUUCUAUCAACGAAUCCAUGGGUAAGAGAUCUUCUCCAUUCGUUGAAAGAAUCAAGGAACAACAAGAAAUCUUAAAGUUGCCAUUGUUCCCAACCACCACCAUCGGUUCUUUCCCACAAACUAAGGAUAUCAGAAUCAACAGAAACAAGUUCAACAAGGGUACUAUUACUCGUGAACAAUACGAACAAUUCAUCAACGAAGAAAUUGAAAGAGUCAUCAGAUUCCAAGAAGAAGUUGACUUGGAUGUCUUGGUCCACGGUGAACCAGAAAGAAACGAUAUGGUUCAAUUCUUCGGUGAACAAUUGGAAGGUUAUGCCUUCACCGUCAACGGUUGGGUGCAAUCUUACGGUUCUCGUUACGUUAGACCACCAAUUAUUGUCGGUGACUUGUCUAGACCAAAGGCUAUGUCCGUUAAGGAAGUCGUCUACGCUCAAUCUAUUACCCAAAGACCUGUCAAGGGUAUGUUGACCGGUCCAGUCACUUGUUUGAGAUGGUCUUUCCCAAGAGAUGAUGUUGACCAAAAGACUCAAGCUUACCAAUUGGCUUUGGCCAUCAGAGAUGAAGUCUCUGAUUUGGAAGCUGCCGGUAUUAAGGUCAUCCAAGUCGAUGAACCAGCCGUCAGAGAAGGUUUGCCAUUGAGAGCCGGUCAAGAAAGAACCGAAUACUACAACUGGUCUGCUGAAUCUUUCAGAGUUGCUACCUCUGUUGUUGCCAACAAGACUCAAAUCCACUCUCACUUCUGUUACUCCGAUUUGGACCCUAACCAUAUCAAGGCUUUGGAUGCUGAUGUCGUUUCUAUCGAAUUUUCCAAGAAGGACGAUCCAAACUACAUUCUGCAAUUUGCUAACUAUCCAAACCACUCUGGUCUAGGUUUGUUCGAUAUCCACUCUCCAAGAGUUCCAUCCAAGGAAGAAUUCAUUCAAAAGAUGGAAGAAUUCUUGAAGUACUACCCAGCUGAAAAGUUCUGGGUUAACCCAGACUGUGGUUUGAAGACUAGAGGCUGGGAAGAAACCAAGGCUACCUUGACCAACAUGGUUAACGCUGCUAAGCACUUCCGUGAAAUCUACGCUAAGAAAUAA